AUGUCUGUCAAAUCGUUCAAGCUCUCUGACGGGACUCAAAUCCCCUGGAUUGGAUUUGGCUCUGGAACAGCGUUCUUCAAAAUGGAGUGCAAGGAUGCCGUAGCACUUGCUUUAUCCGUGGGAAUGACGCAUAUUGACACUGCCGGGAUGUAUCAGAACGAGGAAAGCGUCGGUGACGCCAUUGCUUCGUCCGGUAUCCAGCGUUCCAACCUGUAUGUCACCACGAAGCUCGCUGCUAUUCCAUCAGGACAGACGGUUGAAGACUGCCUACGCCAAAGCCUGAAGAAACUGCAACUCGACUAUGUUGAUUUAUACCUUAUUCAUGCACCUGUACAGCAUCUUGAACGGGAUGGAGGCCUGAAACAGGUCUGGCGUGAGAUGGUCGAGGUGAAGAAGAAGGGACUCACAUGGAGUAUUGGAGUAAGCAAUUUCAAUAUCAAGUACCUCGAGGACAUUAUCGAGCUUGGACUUGAGAAGCCCGUCGUUAAUCAAAUUGAGUAUCAUAUAUUCAACUGCUUACGUCUCGAACCUUUACUUGCCUAUUCCCGGAAGCAUGAUAUCAUAACGGAAGCCUGGGGCAGCCUCACUCCACUCCUUCCCGACCGUAUCAAAGACAGUGAGCAACUCGCUGACGCGUGUACCAAAGUCAAGUCCAUACUUGACGAGAUCGCCAGGAAACGCGGGGACACUGUGACGCAGAAUCAAAUUUUAUUCAAGUGGCUUGAAGCUAAGGAAAUCAUUGCCGUCACCACAUCGACCAAGGAGUCACGUUUGAUGGAGUAUCUUGAGACGGAGCAGGUUAAGGAUUUAACACCAGAGGAGGUGGAGGUAAUCGAUAAUUCAGCCGGAAUAUAUCAUCGAUUUGCGGUGAGUUUGCAAUUUGCGUUGCCUUCUGUACAGAAGAACUAA